ACAUGUUUAUCGCUUGAGUCACAAAUAGAGAAUGAAAGCAAAGGCUCAGGUGUUGCGCCAUGUAGCCUAAUCGAUUUACAAUACGGAAUACUGAAGUGAUUUAAGCGGAGCUUUAUAGCUAAUUAAUUUACCAGUGAAUCUGUGUGUAAUUAUAUUUUGAUUAAGAGUCAGAGGUGAAAAGCAGAUUAUGUUUUAUCAUGGAGGACACACAAACAUCCAGAGAUGAAGAUCUUUCUCCUGAAUGCAGUUCAGUUCAUCAGAAGGGAUCAGAAGAACCAGAGCCCAGCUGUGUCUCUAUGAGUAGUCGCAAGUCUUUGGAUUUGCCAAUAGAGUUUCAAAGUGGAGAUACACAGUCUGAUCUCAGUUCAGUUCAUCAGAAGAGGCCAGAAUCCAGCUGUGUGUCUAUGAAGAGUGAUCAGUCUUUGGUUGUUCCAGUAAAUUUUAAGAGCAGAGAUACACAGGCUGAUUGCGGUUUAUUUCAUCAUAAGGAAUUAGAACCAAAGCCUGGCUGUGUGUCAAUGAGUGAAGAGUCUACGUGUCCUCCACUACAUCCUAAGAGUGGAGAUACACAGACUGAUCUCAGUCAUGAAGCCAUCAACACAUUUAGAUCAAAUCUGAAGAAGAAGUUUGAGUGUCUGUAUGAGGGAACAGCGAUGCAGGGAAACCCAACACUCCUGAAUGAGAUCUACACGGAGCUGUACAUCACAGAGAGUGAGAGUGGAGAGAUCAGUAAUGAACACGAGGUGAGACAGAUUGAGACACAAUCCAGGAGAACAACAGAGGACACACCGAUCAAAUGUAGAGACAUCUUUAGAGCUUUACCUGGACAAGACAAACCCAUCAGAACUGUGCUGACAAAGGGAGUCGCUGGCAUUGGAAAAACAGUCUCUGUGCAGAAGUUCAUCCUGGACUGGGCUGAAGGGAAAGAGAAUCAGGACGUCCAGCUCAUAUUUCCUCUUCCUUUCAGAGAGCUCAAUCUGAUGAAGGACAAAACACUCAGUCUUUCAGAUCUUCUUCAGGUCUUUUUCCCUGAAACAAAAGAAAUGGAAAUAUCCGGUGGCAAAUAUAAAGUGUUGUUCAUCUUUGAUGGUCUGGAUGAGUGUCGUCUGUCUCUGGAUUUUCAGAGUGAUGUGAGGUUGUGUGAUGUAAGUGAAUCAGUCUCAGUGGAUGUGCUCCUGACGAACCUCAUUGUGGGGAAUCUGCUUCCCUCUGCUCUCAUCUGGAUCACCUCCAGACCAGCAGCAGCUGAUCUCAUCCCCUCUGAGUGUGUCCAUCGAGUGACAGAGGUACGAGGCUUCAAUGACCCACAGAAGGAGGAAUACUUCAGGAAGAGAGUCAGUGAUCAGAGUCUGGCCGAGAGGAUCAUCUCACACCUGAAGUCAUCAAGGAGCCUCUUCAUCAUGUGCCACAUCCCAGUGUUCUGCUGGAUCUCAGCCGCUGUUCUGGAGAAGAUGUUGAGUCGAGCAGAGAGUGGAGAGAUUCCCAAGACUCUUACUCAGAUGUACACACACUUCCUGAUCCUUCAGACCAACAUCAAACAUGAGAAGGACUAUGAGAAGAAGGUGACAGAUGAAGAUAUGAUCCUCAAACUGGGGAAGCUGGCUUUUCAGCAGCUUGUGAAAGGCAGUGUGAUCUUCUAUGAGGAAGACCUGAGAGAGUGUGGCAUUGAUGUGACAGAAGCAUCAGUGUACUCAGGAUUGUGCACUCAGAUCUUCAGAGAGGAGUCUGGCUGGUAUCAGGGGAAAGUCUUCUGUUUCGUUCAUCUGAGCAUUCAGGAACAUCUAGCAGCUCUAUAUGUGCACCUCUCCUGUAUAAACCACAACAGAAAUGUGUUUGAGCCAAUCACCAAGCAGAGUUUUAUAUCUAUAGUACGACAAAAUUCCUCAGAUGUUUCAUUAUCUGCUGUGCAUCACAAAGCUGUGAAUGAGGCUCUACAGAGUAAAACUGGACAUCUGGAUCUUUUCCUGCGGUUUCUUUUGGGUCUGUCAGUGGAGUCUCACCAGAUUCUCCUACAAAGACUAAUGAAACAGACAAGAAGCAGAUCUGACAGCAAUGAGGAAACAGUUGAGUACAUUAAGAAGAAGAUCAGGACCAUUGACUGUCCAGAGAAAUCCAUCAAUCUGUUCCACUGUCUGAAUGAACUGGGUGAUCGUUCACUAGUUAAGGAAAUACAACAGUAUCUGAGAUCUGGAACAAUAAGUGAAGCCAAACUCUCUUCAUCUCAGUGGUCAGCUGUAGUUUUUGUGUUGUUGACAUCAGAGAAGAAGAUGGAUGAGUUUCAUCUUGAUAAGUUUGUUAAAAGAAGCAAAGCUGAAAAUAUGAAAGUUCUUCAGAUGCUUCUGCCAGUGGUUAAGGAAUCCAAAUCAGUUAAGAUCAGUGAUUGUGGUCUCACAGAUGAAGGUUGUGAUGCUCUAACUUCAGCUCUGAGAUCAAACCCUGAACACCUGAGAGUGCUGGAUCUCUCAUUAAAUAAAAUGGGAGAUUGUAAAAUGAAUCUGCUCUCUACUGUACUGAGGAAUCCUCACUUUAAACUGGAGAAACUGGGGUUGAGAAAUUGUGGCAUCACAUUUGAAGGUUGUGCUGCUCUGACUUCGGCUCUUAAAUCAAACCCUGGACACCUGAGAGUUCUGGAUCUGGCUGGGAAUAAACUAGGAGAUUGUGUGAAUCUGAUCUCUUCUGUACUGGAAGAUCCUCCCUGUAAACUACAGAUACUGUGGUAA